UUUGCUGAAAGAGUUAACUAGAGUGUUGUGCUAAAAUAAAAAUGAAAUCUAUACUCCUGAUUGGACUUAUCUUGGCCCUGGGCAGCUGCCAAGGUGCAGAAAUUGCGGAACCUUUGUCAGCUCAGGACCGCUCAUUUUCCAGCGUAAUUGUUGAUGGCUUGGAGGCCUUUAGAGUAGUCCUACAAAAUGGAAGCCCGAAUCAUGGAAUUCCCGUAAUGGCACCAAUGACGGUUUCCCAAAGGUCGUUCGAUUUUAGCUCGGGAGAGUUCAGUGGAUCUAUCGGAGUGGAGGACUUUACGCUAGAGGGUCUCGAUCAAUACGAAGUUGUUGCGAUGAAAAUGGAUUUGAUCAGAAGUCGCGUUACGUUCGAGAUUAACUUUAAAAGCGUCAACUUCACCACCAACUACGAGGUGGAUAUGGGCAGUGGCUAUCGCAUUAAGCGCGACGGUGGCGCCUUCUUUGCUUUGGAGGAUCUCAACAUCCAAGGCAGGAUCAGCUACUCACUGGGCGUGUUCACUUCCCAACUGCGUGUAAAGGAUAUCCUGAUUUACCCCUCGGUUGGCAAUGUCAACUCACAGAUCGAGAACCUGUCCAAGUACCGCAUUUUCAACCGCAAACUGAACGAGGUCAUUGAGGAAUUUGUCACUCUCACGAUCAACGACAACACCGACUUUGUUGCCUCCUGGGUCAGUGAACAGGCAACUCCCAUUUGCAACGAUCUGAUCGGAGAUCGUACUCUGAGUGACAUCAUUGCCAUUAUCACGGGAGGAAACUAAUAAAAUCUACCGUAUUUUCCAA